UUUAGGCGUAUUUUGGGAUUUUUAAGUAGGCGUCCGGCUGUUGAUGCUUUCUCUCUGCUUUUGACGUAUUAAACAUUUUCGCAUAACUUUUAUUGAUGAUGUCUAACCGGCAAUGAGUCUUUACGUGGGUGAACACAGAGCUCAAGACGUAAGUUUACAGUGUCAUCGAGGUACUGUGAUACUGUGCAAGUGAGACGGGAUUUUACGAAACGAACAGGAGGUUAGAUUUGCCCAUGUUCGUUCAACAGUAUAUGAAGGAUAUUUCGGUAAUCUCGAAUCUUGUGGAAGAUGUGAUGCGUAUAAAAUUCUACAAGAGGUUUCUCAAAAAGAUAAUGGGUCAAACUCUUAGUGAACCAGUGACAGCUAAGAAAUCAGCAUGCUGCAAGAAUUCCUAUUACAGAGUUGGAAGUUCUUGCAUGCAAGGAUGGCGUAUUAAAAUGGAAGAUUGUCACGUUCAUAUCCUUUCGUUGCCUGAUGAUCCUGGCACUGCAUUCUUUGCAGUAUACGAUGGUCACGGAGGCUCAGCAAUGGCGCAACAUGCUGAGAAACAUCUUCACGAAUAUAUAAUUAGAAGAAGCGAGUACAAAACUGGAAAUAUUGUCCAAGCGAUACAACAAGGUUUCUUGGAGUUAGACAAAGAUAUGCAAAAUGAUAUUGUACUUAAAGACAAACAAGCAGGAACCACUGCUAUAGCGCUCCUUGUUAAAGAUAACGUUGUAUAUAGCGCGAAUGCGGGCGAUAGUAGGGCAGUAGCGAGCGUAAAGGGCACCGCCGUUCCACUUAGCCGUGAUCAUAAACCCACGCUAAAGGACGAACGCGAAAGAAUCAAAGCUGCUGGUGGCUGGGUCGAAUUCAACAGAGUCAACGGCCAGUUAGCGUUAUCUCGGGCCCUCGGAGAUUUCAUGUUCAAACGGAACGAACAUAAAUCGCCGCAAGAUCAAAUCGUAACUGCCUUCCCCGAGGUUCAAGAAUUUCGGGUAACGGAAGAUUGGGAAUUCGUCAUUUUAGCCUGCGACGGUAUCUGGGACGUAAUGACGAGUAGCGAGGUUGUGAACUUUAUUCGAUCGCGCUUGGUUCAAACGAAAAUCAGAACGGGGCAGGAAGAGGACACGAUGGACCCUGAAGAAGUUUGCGAAGAACUUCUGAAGCAUUGCCUUGCGCCAGACGCGUUGAUGGGCACCGGCUGCGACAAUAUGACAGUCGUCCUUGUAUGUUUCCUUCACGGGAAACCGUAUUCUCAUUUAAUCUCGCGCUGCAAGGAAUCCAUUAGUACAAAUCCUUAGUCAUACUUUAUGUUGAUCAUUUAAAAAUUAUUUAUAUUUAAUUUUACAUCGUUAUCUCGAGACUAUCACAUCUCAUUCGUCAUGUUCGCAUCACAUCGAUUGUUAUAAAUUUGUUGUUUUUUAUGAAUCUUCUCGCUUUUAAAUCUUUAUGAACAGGAAUGUUUUAAGAAAGAAUUUAUUUUACAUCAACA